AUGCUUUUAUGGACCCGUCUAGUCAACAGACCACUGUUCCAGGAUCUCGAAGCAAAUUCGGCAUCACCACAGGAUCAGCCCGAAUGCAAGUCUCCAUACAAUGGUAGAGGCUUUGAGGGAAAGAAAGGACCAACUAUCCCAGGCAGAGUCGACAACGGCGGCUUUGAUGUAGCCCAGGGAUAUCAUCAGGCGGUGCUGGUAGCGAUCAUGACCAUGUUGAAGGCGGCAGCAGGGUCAGAAGCCGAGGCGACGAUAGCGAACAAAGCGACAUGA